AUUGUAUAUAUGAACAAGAAAAAGCCGACGGAAAAGUAACAAGACUGCAACCAAACUGACUCCACCUCCAAGGCAGAGACGCAGCAGCUUAAGAGAAGGGGAAAGCAAAAGAAGCUCAACGUCAUCUAUUCUUCUGCUUCUUCUUUGGCAUUGGAUUCCGAGUUAAAGGGUCAGUACUGCUAACAGAGAUUGGCUUGGGAUACAAAGAUGAGUGACAAUCUGAUGGAUAAAGUCAGUGCCUUUGGCGAGCUUCUAAAGAAUAGUGGAGCUGAGGUGAGCAGGAAGAUGUCUGCUGGCAUGAGCUCCAUGAGCUUCAAGAUGAAGGAGUUAUUUCAAGGUCAGAACCAAGCAGAGAAGAUUGUUGAGGAGGCCACCUCAGAAAACUUGGAUGAACCUGACUGGUCGACCAAUCUUGAGAUCUGUGACAUGAUCAAUAGUGAAAAAAUCAAUAGUGUUGAGUUGAUUCGUGGCAUCAAGAAGCGAAUCAUGUUGAAGAAUCCUAGGGUCCAAUAUCUUGCUUUGGUCCUUCUUGAGACUUGUGUAAAGAACUGUGAGAAGUCUUUCUCUGAGGUUGCUGCUGAGCGGGUCCUUGAUGAGAUGGUCAAAUUGAUUGAUGAUCCCCAGACCGUGGUGAAUAAUCGUAAUAAGGCCCUUGUCCUGAUUGAAGCAUGGGGAGAGGCAGGAGACGAGCUUCGGUAUUUGCCUGUCUAUGAGGAAACUUACAAGAGCUUGAAAUCUAGAGGCAUUCGUUUUCCUGGACGAGAUAAUGAAAGUUUGGCUCCAAUAUUUACUCCGCCACGUUCAGUUUCAGAGACAGAAUCAAAUGCCAGUGGGAUACAGCUGAACUACCGUGACGUUCCUGUGCAAAAUUUUACUGCUGAGCAAACCAAGGAAGCAUUUGAUGUGGCUCAUAACAGCAUUGAACUUCUAUCAACUGUUUUAUCCUCUUCUCCACAGCAAGAGGCUUUAAAGGAUGACUUGACGACAACACUGUUGCAACAGUGCCAACAAUGUCAGUAUACCAUCCAGAGAAUUAUAGAGACCGCUGGCGAGAAUGAGGCACUACUAUGUGAAGCUUUGAAUGUGAAUGAUGAGCUCCAAAAGGUCGUCUCCAAGUAUGAAGAGUCAAGGAAGCCUCCUGUCAUGCAGUCCGAACCAGAACCAGCAAUGAUACCCGUUGCGGUGGAACCUGAAGAGUCUCCUCGUGUCAGGAAAGAAGAUGCCCUCAUCAGAAAACCAGCAAGUUCUCGGGCAAGAUCAGGUGGAGAAGAUGACAUCCUGCAUGACCUUGACGAGAUGAUCUUUGGUAAGGGAGGGAGCACAUCGGGUAAUCAAGAUCCAAAAAAGAAGCAGGAUCAACAGAAGGAUGAUCUGAUCACCCUUUGAGGGUUAUCUCAUUAAUAUAAAAGCCUGGUGGAUUGGUGGUGCUUGUUGGCUGGAUCUGGUUAUAGCUUUUUGUUUGUCAUGCUUUUGAGAAGGAAUUAUUCUAUCUGAAGGGGAAAUUUUUAUAGUGAUGAGGGGCUUGUUCGUUCCUCCUCUUUUUAAGUUUCUGUAAUGUAUUUAUGAAAUACUGGACCAGAACAUGAGCUUCUGCACAUUUGUGCAAAGACAUUUGAACUCUUGUAGCAACCUCAUAUUUUUGUUAGUAUGCAUGCAAUACAUGUACGUCCACAGACCUUAAGAGGAACA